AUGGACGAAACCACUCAGGUUCAUGAAUUGAAGGGGAUUGACUACUCCGACAAGGAUACUGAGGUCCUGGUUCGACAACUGUGCAAGCAGCUUAACCACCUACAUAAAGAGUGCCACACCGAGGUUGUGGAUUUUGACUUACUGGCAGUCUUCUUAAUGCAGGAGUUUGGAACUCAGGAACAUAUUCGAUCAAUUGUUAACAUGGUUCUCACGCAAUUUGAACCCAACCACAAGGCCAAACCAGCUGAAGAACCCCGAAGUGCUAAGAAAUCAAAACAACCCCCCUGCGGUGCACCCCCUCAAACCACACUUCAAAACCAACUUCUCGAUGCUGCCAAACAAGUUCAAAAAACAAUCCAACAGUACGAUCAAGGCUUGAGCGAUCAACAACCCUUCUGCCUGCGAUAUCCCACUUACAGCAAGGUCUUCGAAAGUUCGAUAUCCAUGCAAGACAAGUGCCGAAUGCUUCCCACUGACAAGAUGGUUGUCCUACUGGACGAGGCUGGGCUGUGUGUUGGUGUGGGUGUUCCGCCCUUCCCAAAGAACCCUGGCAAACUCCAUCUGCAACCUGAUUUCUGA